AUGGACCCUUCUGUUAUCGAAAAUUUUUGCAGUAUUACUGGGACGUCUGAAAUAGAAGCUAGACAUUUUCUGGAAGCUUUCGAUUGGAAUUGUGACGAGGCAGUCAAGGCGUAUUUUGAUUCAGAGGAUGCUAUUCAUUCAAGCGAUGGUUCUCAUUUUGACCAAGCUAUUCAACCACCGAGUAAGAGCAACAAUGAGCCUUCACUUUCCACAUUUAAUAAACCACCAUACAGCAAGCCCAAAAUAGCAACUCUGAGUACAUUGGAAAAUGACAGCACGUCUCGGUAUUAUUUUGAUACCACGAGAUCGCCAAUAAAUACAAUUGAUCUGGAUUAA